AUGUUCUUUAUGUCAGUAUCUGCUGCAACGGUAUCUAGCAUGUCGACUGUAGAGAUGGAGGUUUUCUCAAAUUCCCAGCUUGUUGUGCUUGCCAUUCUAAUGCUUAUUGGUGGGGAAUUGUUUAGUUCUACGCUUGGUCUUCAGUUCAGAAAAGAGCAGCUCAAGCAACAGGCAAUGACCACAAGCUGUGUCGAAUCAGUUGCUAGUAGUUCACCAGACAUCGAAGAUGAUCAGUUUGAGAUGGAAUCAUCAGCAGCUUCUGAUCCUGACCACAUCGAAGCAGGUAUGGUGGGAUCUCAAUCUCAUCUGAUAGACAGUAAGGAUCUGAAGUACAAUGCUAUAACAUAUUUGGCUUACGUUAUUAUGGGUUAUCUUCUAUUGAUGCAUGUGGCUGGUUUUGUGUCAGUCAUAGUUUACAUUAGUCUUGUAAGAAGUGCAAGAACCGUGUUGAAAGAUAAGGGGAUUGGAAUUCUCAUGUUUUCCCUCUUCACCACGAUUUCUUCGUUCUCAAAUGUUGGAUUUAUUCCGACGAAUGAGAACAUGCUGGUCUUUAAGAAAAAUUCAGGUCUUCUGCUGCUGAUCAUUCCUCAGGUGCUCCUUGGGAAUACAAUGUUCCCCUCAUGUUUGAGAUUUCUAUUAUGGGUCCUGAAGAGUAUGACUAGAAGAGCAGAGUUUGAGUACAUGCUGAAAAAUUCACAAGAGAUUGGAUACUCUCACUUGCUGCCUCACCUUCCUUCUCUUUUGCUGUUUGUUACUGUUGUUCUAUUUGUGGUGAUUCAGCUCAUAUUUUUUUGCGCUCUGGAGUGGCACUCUGAGGCUUUGAGUGGGAUGAACUUUUAUCAGAAGGUUAUUGCUGCAAUGUUUCUGUCUGUGAACUCAAGGCAUGCCGGUGAAUCUAUUGCCGAUCUCUCCUCACUUAGUCCUGCAAUCUUGGUUCUGUUUGCCAUCAUGAUGUUAGAUCUCUCUACCUAUUCCAUUCUAUUUUAUCAUAGACUACUGCUAGUUUGA